GAUGAGUCUGUGUGGUGUUGGGUUCGUCGACUUUGUUAUGUUUUGUUGUUGAUAUCAUUAGCUUUAAACAUAUUGGUUUGGCAGCUUCGAAUAUAGUAAGGAACCUUUAUCCCUUUAAUCUGAAUGUGAAAGAUCAUUCUCCUCUGUACUGCUUGGUCGAAAUUUUGUGUAUGGGAUGAGGCCAUGAGUAGCUUUUCCAAGAUGAGUAGUCAGAGACUACUGUUUUCCAUAACUUCAUCAGUCCGUGCACCUGGAAUUGUCUUGUUGCAUAAGUAUAUAGUUGACGGAACGGGAGCAAAUAACAUAUUACGAAAUUUACACUUAGCCUUAUGUACGUCACAGUUUGAUAAGGGUUUGAUAGCCAGUCUAAGUAUGAAGGAAGUAAACAGUCACUAAUUCCGUCUUCCACCCUGUAAUGUGGUAGCAGCUGCUGACAGACUUAUGAUUCAAACCAAAAAUAAAUAUUUAUUGGAUAUUUAGGUUGGGAUUUUGAUCUUUGGUGGAACUAGAAAGGCUGAAGCUAAGUAAAGUCAGGAGUAGUUUUUGUCACCAUUGGGGGACCACUGAUAUUUUUUAGUCUAUUGUAAAGGUUUACUUUUAAAAAACCAUACCUCGCGCUUCAACCUAUGCACUGAUCAUUUGAUUAUUAAGUACGUUCUUAUGCAUAAUGAUAUUUGAUACGGUUACGUUAUGCACAUACUGAUUACCAUAUCUGUCUGUUUUACAGGUGAACCAGAAGUCCAUAAUGGCUACUCUGCGAUCUGCCAUGGAUCUUGCAGCGUCUGCUUACCGUACUCGUCUUAGUCAUAUGUCUGACCUUCAGAAGAAAAUCAAAAUGUUCAAUUUUAACAAUAGUUACUACAACCAAGUUGGUCUUCUCAAACACGACUGGCUUCCACAUUCUCCUGUUUUGUUGGAGGCUCUUCGUCGGCUCCCGCGUGAAGAAACUGAAGCCAGAGACUUUCGGAUUGCACGCGCCACACUUCUGAGUGCAUCAAAGACUAUUUUGCCCAAAGAACAGUGGACGACUUUAGAAAAUGACGUUCCCUAUCUACAGCCGUAUAUCGAUAUUGUCGACAAGGAAUUAACUGAUCGUUGUGACUGGGAUAACUUUGUUAAUCCUCAAGUGUACAGAGAGGAACAUUGAACUUAUACUUUUGCCUG